AUGAGCCAAGUUGAUAUUACUGAAGAGGAAUACAAACAGUUUGAUGAGCAGCUCACCAAAGUUAACGACGAAAUUUUAGCUAAUCUUAAUAGCCCUGAAUGGAAAUUCUCAAAAGAUGAAGCUGAUGGAUGUAAAAUUUAUGUUCGUCAUGUUGCUGAUAGCUCAUAUGAUAUGAUAAAGGCAACUAUAUCGAUUCCUGUUUCUCAACGUGAUGCUUUGGAAGCUAUAAAGCCUUGCAAAGAAAUCACUCCAAAAACUCCGAAAGCAGAAAAUGAAGGAUUACUUGAAAGGAAGAUCUUCAAUUACGAUGAGAAAGAUCCCUCUGCUCGUGCUUUCAUCUACUGCUCAACUCCAUCACCAUUUCCGCUUGUAGCCGGUCGUGAUUUCCUCUUAUACAGAAAAGUCAUUGAAAAAGAUGAUAAGUUAUGUUAUACCCAUACUUCUGUUGUUUGCGAUAAGAUUAUGCCACAGAAAAAAGGAUUUGUUCGUGGUUUAAUGAAACAACAAGCAUUUAUCUUCGAAAAAGAUCCAAGUAACCCAGAACAUACAUUACUCAGCUUCAUUCUACAUACUGAAAUCGGAGGAAGUAUUCCAACAUUUGCAUACAACAUGGCUGCUGUCGGCCAGGGCAAGUCUGUAAUCGAACUCCGCAAGAGGGCAAUUGAAUACGUUAAAAAUAACUCAAAUAAAGCUGAAUAA